AUGACGUGGGCCGACCCAUUUUAUACCGGUUCUACAGUCAAGGUUGAGGCUGGAGUGCUUGGAUUUGAAGUGCUUGAGGCUGCACACGCCCGGGAUCUCGUGGUCCUCACUGGAGCGUGCCCUACCGUUGGCGUGGCCGGGGGCUACACACAGGGCGGCGGGCAUUCUGCCCUCAGCACCACAUUCGGACUCGCCGCCGAUCAGACCCUUGAGUUUGAGAUUGUUACAGCCACCGGUCAGUUCGUCAAGGCGUCGCGUACGGAGAACGCUGAUUUGCACUGGGCGCUGAGUGGCGGCGGCGGUGGCACGUACGGUGUUGUCAUUUCUCUGACUGUUCGCACGCACCAUGAAUCUACUGUCGGCGGCGCUAGCCUCCAAAUGACCGCAGGCGUCAUGAUUAAUUACUAUGUCAACAAUGCCAUUUUUGUCAUCCAUCCCGUUAUCGUCUACAACUCCACCGCAGCUUACGUCAGGGACACUGUUUUGGCGCCAUUCAUUGUCCAUCUCGCCGAGCUAGGUAUCACGGCUUCGGUCAACUACACGGAGCUGCCUUACCGCGACCAUUACGACACAUACAUGGGCCCACUGCCAUACGGCCAUCUUCCGGUUGAGGCGUACCAGUACGGCAGCCGGAUGAUCCCACGUAGCGUCCUCGAAAACAACAACAGCACCCUACAGACCGUCCUGCAGAAUCUUACCGCAAACGGCGUCCUGGCUGUUGGCAGCUCGGCGUCUUUCGUCGGCGCGAAGGAUGUCUAUAAUGCUGUCAACCCUGCCUGGCGCAACACCACAGUUCACAUGCAGCUCACGACGCCAUAG